AUGAAAUUGUUAGAAGAAGUUGAAUCACAAAGAAAACAGUAUUUAAAAGAAUUGGAACGAUAUCGUGAAUGUGAUCCUGUGCUAAUGGAAGCUAAAAAAAAACAUGCCAAACUUGCAUUUGAAGCAGCCAACAGAUGGACUGAAUUUGAUCGUCAAUUUAGUAUUCCUGAAGAUUUCGACACUUUAUAA